AUGUCUGCCACUCUUGUCGUUCACCACCUGCGUGUCAGUCAGUCCGAGUCUAUCGUCUGGCUUUGCGAGGAGCUUGGUCUCGAUUACAAGCUGGUAUGCCACGACCGCGAUCAGCAGACACUCUUGGCCCCCGAUGCAUACAAAGAGCUCAGUCCGCUUAGAACUGCCCCGGUGAUAGAGGAUGUCGAUACUUAUACACCAAACAACGAUCACAUCCGCUUGGCAGAAUCUCAGGCUUGUAUCGAAUGGAUCUGCAGGAAACACGGUCAAGGACGGUUGCUGAACAAGCCUUGGGACCCUAACUGGAAGGAAUGGCUCUUUUGGUGGCACUUUACACAUGGCUCUUUCCAACCCGCCUGUCAGAUGAAAAUGAUCGCUGGAGCGCUUCCGAAGGACAACCCUAGCCAAAAAAUAAUCGACUCCAGAAUCGAUCACUAUCUCGACUUGAUUGAGCAGCGCCUGAGCAAGUCAAGGUUCCUCGUUGGCGAUGAGCUCACAGCCGCCGAUAUCCAGAUGAUCUUCCCGCUCACCACCCAAAGAUCCUUUAUACCGUUCGACCUGAGCCCAUACCCCAACACCCUGAGAUAUCUAAAAGAGAUUGGAGAGAGACCCGCAUACCAAAAAGCCUUUGAGAAGGCCGAGACAACGCUGAAACCGAUGCUUGACGCAAACCCCAAGUCUCUCUAUAGCAUCGCUUAG